UAAUCUUUAUAGAAAUCUUUUAUAUUAUUCAGUCGAAAGGCAGCGAUGCGUGAAAAUUUAUGCAAAUCAUGUUGUGACGGCGGCACGUUGGAGGAAGCCUCGAACAAGAGUCUUGCACAUCAUUUUUGGCCAAAUACUUCACAAAGGAGCGGUGGUUUUCAKUUUAUUGGAACUAAAGCUUCAGCAACGAUGAAAGAGUUCUACUGCCUGUGUUUUUAGAAUUAACAACGCGUUUCUGAAGAAAAAACGUUGUACAAACAGUCAACAGUYGAAAACAACAUGGCUGAAAGUGAAGUUCAACAACCGACACGAUACUUCAAUYUUGUGAUUGAAUACAAGAACAACGUUGUAGAGUUUUAUAUAAGGCAAAGAGAAAGAACUUCAAUAGUCAUGGGGAAGAUUUAUGAGUUUCUUAGUCCUGUUAUUAACUUUUUUGCAUUUUUUCACACAUUGUUUUGCAGUGUCAUUUUUGGAGUUAAGCAAGUCUUUGCAACGAUCGACUCAACUGUUUCAUGCAUUGUGCACUUCCAUUACAAGGAAUUCUUCAUUUCACUAUCUCAAAGACCUAAAGAAUACUGYUCAAAAGCCAAKACCAGGCUCUAUCAAGUCAUYUGUAUUCCUCUCAGGCGAAAAUUUAUCAAAAUAAAAAGGCUUGCUAGGAAAAGGUUUCUUGACGCUAGAGUCUACUUUCGCGGUUUCCGAGAAAUAUGUMGAAGACUUUUUCUCCUGGCAAGUGAUUUUACUCCUGGAGGGCAAUGGACAGUCUCAAUAGUUCUUCUAAUAGCUGCAAUAUUCAUCGCAAUUCAGGUUUACCGCUAUUCAAGACUUUUGUUUCARCUUCUUGAUCUAUUACUCUCCUUGAUCAACUUUGUACUCACYCCAGUAAUGUGGACUCUUCAAGACUUGUUAAAAUUAGCURGUUUKGGGCUUGAUUUGGUGCUAUCUUUGCUUAAAUAUAUCUGUUAUCUGCUAUGGCUUUUCUUYGGAGGUGUUUUUGACUUCAUUYUCAGAGUUUUUGCUKCAUUUUCAUCAGGAAUCUACAGAUCUUUUCUAUKGUUUCUUAAUUUGAGAGCAGUUAAGUUCAUAUGGAGAUGUAUUCUGGAGUUGACAUUGAUUGGCCUUGAGUUUUUCGUUUUUAAAGUUCUUCCCUUCCUGGCAGUAAUAUCCACAUACUUGAUAAACUUUGGCACUGUCGUCAGUGGGUAUUUCUAUGACUACUUUGUGGAUGUCUACGACGACAAGACUCAUCAGGAAUACUGGAGYAAUACCAGAAUAUUUGCAGCAGUGUUGACAAGCUUAUGUUUCUUGAUAGCUUACAGAUACCGUAAAAGGUUUUCUGUAAAGGCUCACUUGGAUAAAGACACUGGAAGUUUGCUGYGCAGAAACAUGCGCAAGACAUUGAGAGGUGCAAAUUCAGAGAAAGAAGAUGAUGAAGUUAAUUUCAAAGUGAGCUCAACAGCUUAUGUUUGCAUGGACUUCUUGCRUGGAGAAUGUGCCGAAGGUCGUCGCUGUAGCAACCAUCACUGUCCCUGGCCGUACCAUUGGCAGUAUCGUGUUCCUGUACAAGGAUGGCAAAGCUUUAAUGCACAGGAUGUUGAUGUUAUUGAGAAAMUAUUCUGUGAUCCUAUGAACGAAUUAGCAAAAACUAACGAUAUCAAUCCUGAUUUAUCAGCGAUCACGCGAAGGUCGCAUGUGAAAACCAAUAAAUCAAUAAAAUUGGACUUCCAACACAUGCGAAUGGAGGUGAAUUACCAUCGUUUAGAAAUACGACGACUGUCGACCGAAUCUUCCGCGAAGACUUCCGACGAAUUGGCGACGAAUUGGGUAUGGUAUCGAUUGACUGACGAAGGAAAAUGGCCUCAGUACGGUAGUAAGGGCGAACCUAAGGAAAAAGAUAUCGAGCUAACCUACCUCAGCCGAGAAAGCUCGUACAACUACAAGGUACAAGGACAAGAAUAUCGCAUCUACUUCUUCAUGACGCCCAUGUACGAAAGAAAUAUGAAUCCUAGAGAUUAUAAAAGACGAUUUGUACGUCGACGUCCGCUGUACAGAAGCCUCGAGGACUUGUAGCAACAUUACCCUGUAGGAUAGUAAGGUGUAGUGUAGUGUAGUGAAUUGUGUUUUUUCUCUCUUUCUGUUGUAAGUACAGUAUGGUGUAGUGUAGUUUCUUUUCUCUCGUAGUACAGUAAACCGUAGUGUUAUGUAGGGUCUAAGUGUCAUUAAACAGAAGCUUGGAGKGGACAGAAUGGGGAUAGGAAAGCGUAAUAAAGUUUUCCCUGCUGUUCGGAUUCGA